GAGCAUGACAUAUGCUCUAAAAUGAUCUAAUUUACGUUAGAGGGCCCUUGCUCUUUCGUUCUCUCAAUAUAAACACGAGUGGUGUUGCCUCGAACCUUACCAGAGAUCUACAAAGAUUAUACAUGUACACACACAUUACACACCCAUACAUAUAAUCACACCACACCCCUUUUUAUAUUGCAUCUCUCAUUCUCAGACUCUCUGGAUUACACUUUGUUAAAGUAUGGGCAGCACUGAGCAAAACCUUUAUAUAGCGUACACCUAUGAGAGCCUUGAGAGGGAACCUUACUGGCCAUCUGAGAAACUCCGAAUUUCUAUUACCGGAGCAGGUGGGUUUAUUGCCUCACACAUUGCAAGGCGUUUGAAGAGCGAAGGGCAUUACAUCAUUGCUUCUGACUGGAAGAGAAAUGAGCACAUGCCAGAAGAAAUGUUUUGUCAUGAAUUUCAUCUUGUUGACCUUAGAGUCAUGGAUAACUGUCUGAAAGUUUCUGAGAAUGUUGAUCAUGUGUUCAAUCUUGCUGCUGACAUGGGUGGUAUGGGCUUCAUUCAGUCCAAUCACUCAGUGAUUAUGUAUAACAACACUAUGAUCAGUUUUAACAUGCUUGAAGCUGCAAGGAUCAAUGGCAUCAAGAGGUUCUUUUAUGCAUCUAGCGCUUGUAUCUACCCUGAAUUUAAGCAAUUGGAAACUAAUGUCAGCUUAAAGGAGGCUGAUGCUUGGCCUGCAGAGCCUCAAGAUGCAUAUGGCUUAGAAAAGCUGGCAACAGAAGAGUUAUGCAAGCACUAUACCAAGGAUUUCGGAAUUGAGUGCCGAAUUGGUCGCUUCCACAACAUCUACGGACCAUUUGGAACUUGGAAAGGUGGGAGAGAAAAGGCACCUGCUGCUUUCUGUAGGAAAGCCCUUACCUCUACUGAUAAAUUUGAGAUGUGGGGAGAUGGUCUGCAAACUAGAUCAUUCACAUUCAUUGACGAAUGUGUCGAAGGUGUUCUUAGAUUGACCAAGUCUGAUUUCAGAGAGCCAGUAAAUAUUGGAAGUGAUGAAAUGGUAAGCAUGAACGAAAUGGCGGAGAUCAUCCUCAGCUUUGAGGACAAGAAACUUCCUAUCCAACACAUACCAGGUCCUGAGGGUGUUCGUGGACGGAAUUCUGACAACACUUUAAUCAAAGAGAAGCUUGAUUGGGCCCCUACCAUGAAGCUGAAGGAUGGAUUGAACAUCACAUACUUCUGGAUAAAGGAGCAAAUUGAGAAAGAGAAAGCCAAGGGUGGCGAUCUGUCAGUUUAUGGUUCAUCAAAAGUUGUUGGCACACAGGCUCCUGUCCAGCUAGGUUCUCUUCGUGCAGCUGAUGGCAAAGAAUGAAGUAAAUGAUGCAAGCAUGUGCAUUAAACACCAUAUUUAAAACUGGGGAUUCUUGGUAUAAAUUUAUUUGAGAUUGCAAGGGUUGGAUUUGCUUUUGUCUUAUCUGCCCUGCUACUAUUCUAUUUAUAACUUAGCAGUUGUUCCAUGUAAUUCUUUCCGUCCAAGAAAUUUGGAUGUUCAUGUAUGAUUUUAUUACGCCAUGAAGCAUCAGUAUCUGGUUCUAUUUUGCCAAUA